AUGGACGCAAGUCAAGCGAGAGGAACAACUGUACUCCCAAUUGCUCGCGUAAAACGCAUUAUAAAAUUAGACGAAGAAAUAACAACAAUUGGCACAGAUUCAACAUUUCUAAUAGCAAUUGCAGCGGAACUUUUUGUAGACUAUUUUGUAAAAAAAGGUGUGGAACAAGCAAAGUCUGAUAGGAGAAAGGUCAUCCAGUACGAAGAUAUGGCCAACUUGGUUAAAAAUAAUGAAAAUUUGGAAUUUUUACAAGACAUUGUGCCAGAAACUCAAGCAUUCGAAGAUUUCCUCAAAAACCGUAAUCGAAGAAAAAGGAAACGAAAAGUAAAAGACGAAAAUGGUAGUGGAGAAGAGAAUGAAGAUGAAGAUAGCGAUGAGGAAGAUGAGGAAGAUAGCGAAGAUGAAAACAGCGAAGAUCACGAAGAAAAUGGAGAUAAUUCUAGUGAUUUAGAAGAUAGUCCAUCGAAUGUGGGGGGAGUUAGUGAAACAGACACUAUAAAUGAGAAUGAUAGUGAUGUCAGCGAAGAUAAUGAUGAGAACGAUAGUGAGGAAGAGACAGAAAAUGAAUCCGAAGUUGAAAAUGGAUUAAAUGAGAUUAGCGAGGUCGAAAAUUCAAUUAACGGGAGAGGUAAAUGUAUCAAUCAUCAAAAACGUAACGGAAAGAACGUUGUUAAUGUUAUCAUUAACAAUGGUGUUUCGUCCGGUAGUGAACUUAGCGAUGCUCCCGAAACUUCAAGUGACAAUUCAACUGUAUUAAAUGAUGAAAAUGAGUAA